GAUUCAUGUACCGACCAAACCGAUAUCAAAUAGAAAAAUGAUAUAACAAGAUGACCGUAAUCUCCUCAUAAUCUAAAGUAUAUUACGAAAGUGCCCUUGCUCCCUUCACUGACUCGUCUCCUUCUCCACUUGGAUCUCUGACUCCACAUUCGAUACAAACAAAUCCUCUCUCUCGCAAAUACACAUUAGAUGCCAACGAUGCCAGGCCUAGUCUCAGUCAAAACGCCGGCCAAUGCUCCGCCGCUACGCGUCUCCGUCCCCGACACGCAACAACAACAACAACAACCUCCACGAACCCCGAUGAAGAAGACCCCUUCCUCCACCCCGUCUCGAUCCAAACCCUCGCCCGGCAGAUCCGCCAAAAAAGACUCGCCGGGCGUCUCCUCCGCCGCCGCCGUACCUGACGUCGACGAUCCAUCCCUCGACAACCCGGAUCUCGGCCCCUUCCUCCUCAAGCUCGCUCGCGACGCCAUAGCUUCCGGCGAAGGUCCCAACAAGGCUCUCGACUACGCGAUCCGCGCGACGAAGUCCUUCGAGAGAUGCUGCGCCGCCGCUGCUCCUCCCGUCCCCGGCGGUAGCGACGGCGGACCUGUUCUCGAUCUCGCCAUGAGCCUCCACGUCCUUGCCGCGAUCUACUGCAGCCUCGGGAGGUUCGACGAAGCGGUCCCGCCGCUCGAGCGAGCCAUCAAGGUCCCGGAUCCGGCGCGUGGGCCCGACCACUCCCUCGCCGCGUUCUCCGGGCAUAUGCAGCUCGGCGACACGUUGUCGAUGCUAGGUCAGAUCGAUAGAUCCAUCGCGUGCUACGAGGAGGGGCUCAAGAUCCAGAUCCAGACUCUAGGCGAAACGGAUCCUCGAGUUGGUGAAACUUGCAGGUACUUAGCUGAAGCCUAUGUUCAAGCAAUGCAGUUCAACAAAGCUGAAGAGUUAUGCAAGAAAACUCUAGAGAUCCACCGUGCUCAUAGCGAACCGGCAUCUCUCGAGGAGGCGGCUGAUAGGAGGCUGAUGGCUAUCAUCUGCGAGGCUAAAGGAGACUACGAGAACGCGCUCGAGCACCUCGUCCUCGCCAGUAUGGCCAUGAUCGCGAGCGGGCAAGAAUCGGAGGUUGCUUCGAUCGAUGUCAGCAUUGGGAACAUCUACAUGUCGCUGUGUCGGUUCGAUGAAGCUGUGUUCUCUUACCAGAAGGCUCUCACUGUGUUCAAGUCCUCAAAGGGAGAGACUCAUCCUACGGUAGCGUCGGUGUUUGUUAGAUUGGCUGAGCUUUACCACAGGACGGGGAAGCUCCGUGAGUCUAAGUCUUAUUGCGAGAAUGCGUUGAGGAUAUACAACAAGCCUGUGCCUGGGACAACUGUUGAGGAGAUUGCUGGUGGGUUAACAGAGAUCUCUGCGAUAUAUGAGUCUGUGGAUGAGCCUGAGGAAGCACUGAAGCUACUUCAAAAGUCAAUGAAACUUCUCGAGGAUAAACCAGGACAGCAGAGCGCCAUUGCAGGGUUAGAGGCGCGGAUGGGAGUAAUGUAUUACACGUUGGGGAGGUAUGAGGACGCAAGGAACGCGUUUGAGAGCGCUGUGACUAAGCUGCGGGCAGCUGGUGAGAAAUCUGCUUUCUUUGGAGUUGUGUUGAACCAGAUGGGACUGGCGUGCGUUCAGCUUUUCAAGAUCGAUGAGGCUGGUGAGCUGUUUGAAGAAGCAAGAGUGAUUCUCGAACAAGAACGUGGUCCUUGUGAUCAGGACACUCUUGGUGUUUACAGCAAUCUGGCUGCCACGUACGACGCCAUGGGAAGGAUAGAAGAUGCCAUUGAGAUAUUGGAGCAGGUUCUGAAGCUGAGAGAGGAGAAGCUCGGUACUGCAAAUCCUGAUUUUGAGGACGAGAAGAAGCGUUUGGCCGAGCUUUUGAAGGAAGCAGGGCGGUCACGGAACUACAAAGCCAAGUCGCUACAGAAUCUUAUCGAUCCAAACGCAAGACCUCCCAAGAAAGAGGCAUCUGGUAAGAAAUGGCCUGGCCUCGGUUUCAAGUUCUGAAGAACACAAAUCGUAACCACAUAUAAUAAAUCAUUCACAUAUAAUAUAUAUACUCAAUAGUAUUAUGUUAUCAUUAUUUUAUUUGAUCUUUUCUGUAUCAUAAGUAUGAGGCUGAUGAAUUAAUUUCCUGUAUCGUGUUUAUUAUUCGAGUUUGGUGAAGUACUGCCAAGUUGGUGAGCUGUUUGUUUGAGUUUGAGAGUUUCUUUAAUUCUGUUCUUUUUUCGAAAAUUUAUA